AUGGAGGUAAUAAAAAGCACGGAGGUAGUUGUUAACACCACCUACCAUGGUAUUUCUAAUUCUCUUGAUGUCAUUGCCAAUCAGGUUACCAGUUUUCCCGAUGAUAUAGUGAUGGAUAUUCUAAGCAGACUUCCGGUGAAAUCACUCAUGGGGUUUAUGUCACAAAGUAUUUCAUGUGCGGAGAUAGUUGAAGCGAGUACUGGUGGUGAGGAUGAAGAAGUGGAAGCCUUUGUUAGUAAGGUUAGGAUAACCGAGGAUAAAUGGUUCCCUUAUAGUGAAGUCUUGGAACCGGUGAAUGGUUUGGUUUGUUUUGUAGAUCAAAAGACACAUGCUAUUAGGGUAUACAAUGCAAGUACACGAGAAGCAACACCGUGGGUCAUAUCAACGUUACUCGCUGAAGAAAAUCACAAGCUUAUGGCAGAUAAAAGCACGAUGAAGAUAAAAAGUCACUCUACUCCAAUUUAUCGAUUUGGUUUCGACCCAGAGAAGAAAGAACAUAAAGUAUUCUGCUUUUGGAGACUACUUACCAGGCGUGAACAGCAUCGUCAUCAUUCCUUGGAACGAUCUGAAUAUGAAAGUUGGGAGGCAUUGACAGUGGGCAGUGACACCAAAUGGCGUAGGAUCAAUGCUGUUCCUAACGAGAACAACCAAAUAAAUAUUGCAGAGGUGCUCCCUCCGGCUUAUAGUAAUUGUCGGCAGGUGUAUGUGGAUGGUACUAUAUACUGGAGCAACAAAGAGUACUAUUGGGAUCAAUGGGGGACCACUAAUCGUGAUGAUCCCGAUGUCAUAGUUGCAUUUGAUGUUGGAACUGAAAAAUAUAGACUUAUCCCAAUUCCUAGUUUCAUCCUCGAAGAGCCUCGUGAUGAAGAGUAUAGGCUGCCAAUUGACAUCUUAGUAUUGGGUGGACAUGUGGCUCUAUUAUACCGUAUGGAACCUUAUGUUGUUAAGUUAUGGAUGUUAGAUGAUGGAGCUGGUAAAAAACUGGAAAAUUGUCGAGGAAACAAAAGUAAUUGGAGCACGGAGAUAAUUGAGCUACCAUUUUACUGUGAUAACCGAGUUGGUGGUUUUGGAAUUGCUGGAAGUACAGACAAGAUAAUCUUUGAAUGCCGGGGAUGCAACAACUCAGUGAGCUUCACUUGUUUGUAUUCUUAUGACCGCAAGAAGAAGACUUGUAAGAGGAUUGAGAUGGAUGGAGUCUCCUCGUUUACCCGUUGCUCCCGGAGGACUCUGGUUACCACUUUUACAGAAAGCCUCUUUCAUGUUUAG